GCCUAAUGGGAGAACAGCAAUUGUAAUCGACGCAUUGGCAUCGAGACCAGGCAUCGAGGUCGAUAGACAGCGCCAACGAGACACACGUGAGGGACCCAAUUGUCUCCAUGCCAGCGACUGCGUCAACAACGACGACGGCCUCUGAACCUGAACAGUCUCCAGUUUGAGAUGCCGAGUUGCGGGGACGACAAACGACAGGUCUAUCAUCAUCUGCCCAUGGAUUCCGAGUUGCCGCCAGAAACGACUUUGCUGGCCAGAUGCCUUCAGAGCCAGGCCCCAAGAUGGGCCUGAAGCGCCAGUCAAGCCACCAGGAAGACAAAUCAAAGCCGGAGCCUGCAGCGGCACCGAAAAGACAGAGGGUGUCGCGCGCAUGCGAUCAAUGCCGCGCGGCACGGGAGAAAUGCGAUGGCCUACAGCCCCUGUGUUUCCCCUGCGCAUCACAGAACAGGCAUUGCACCUGGGAAGAGCCCAAGAAGAAACGCGGGGUGCAGACUGGAUAUAUCAGGACCCUGGAAUUGGCAUUGGGUUGGAUCUUUGACAAGAUCCCGGGGUCUGAGAACGCCUUACACAGUCUUCUCACUCACGAGGGCGGCCAGGGACGGUCAUUGCUGCUAGAAAAGGACACCCAGGCGGGCAAUCGUCUGCAUCGAAGGUGGAGACGGAGUACGAUCCACAAGGAGAUUGACCGUGUUCUGUCAGGGGCAGAUGCCACAGAAGCAAAGGCUGACAAGACAUCGCCAGCCAGCGAUGAUGUCGACAGCGCAGACGAUGGGGAGAAACCGUUGCAUGCGAACUCCAAAAUGCCGGUAUUGGCAGUAGAUCUUGCAAGCAUAUCAACGGGGAAGCCAACCCCAGAUUCCGAACGACUCGAGCAAAACGUCACUGACGCGCCUGACGAGGCCAGCCAUCCCAGCCCCAUCUUACGGGAUGAUACUCUGGCUAUUUCUCCGCGGUCAAUGCAUCUGAGACUGCCGGUAAACUAUUGGAGGCUUUUGGACAUAUACUUUUCUUACACCCACUGCUGGUUUCCUAUCCUAGAGAAGCCACGUGUCCAGAAAACAUCGUGGAGGUAUCCCAAUGAGGGCUUGGGCAUAUCGUCUGACCAUCCAGAGUCUGGCGCUCACGCUGAGCUAUGGGCUGCCCUAGCACUCGCUUCAUAUCAAGACGAGGCUAGCCAUCCAAAUAACGAAAGGCCCCGCGAACGAUGCUCCCCUGGCGAGAUGUAUCGCUUAGCGAGAAACCUGAUACCACCAGAGGAAGGAUGUUUCGAUGUACGGCACGUCAAUGCUCUGCUACUUCUCACUCUUGUUAAAUUCGGACACCAAAACCUCGAGGCGGCAUGGAUACUCGUUGGACUGGCGGCUCGCAUCAAUCUCCGUCUUGGACUCGAUGCGGCACCAGUAACGGACAGUAGCCGGCGUUCACAUGCAUAUAUGGGAUGCUUCAUCCUCGACACCCUCACAUCUGCCCGGCUCAAUCGGCCGCCACACCUACGGUUUGACGACACGCAAUCGCCGAUUCCAUCUGGUGAGAACGAGCAAGACGAGUGGGAGAGCUGGGCCCCUUGUGCUGGCUUUGGACCAAAACAACAGGUCAUGCUGGCGCGAAGCCCCUCGCACACCGUCAGUUCCUUCAGUUCACUAUACAGGAUACAUCAAUUUCUUUCUAGAAGCCUAUUCUCCGCCAAAAGCCGCAUAUUGCCGACUGACGAAUCAUACCUGAUCCAAAUCCAGCGUUCCAUCGGUCGGGGGCCGUUCAGUGCAUUCGUUAUAAACGGCGGCGUGCCACCGACCCGCAUACCGUCUGUGUACAUUCUGCGCAUUGCCUCUCUGUUUGCUGGAGAUGGAUUGCAGGUAUUUCCGGAAUCAUUACCCGGAAUUGUGCUCCAGUGCCUUGAAGAGUACAUCUCGAGCUUCGGGGCUUGCGGAACACCGCCAUUGUUCCCAACAUACAUAGCUCUUAUUAAUUGCCAUUACAACCUCGAUAAGCUUACACCCCAAGAUCGGGAUCGUUGGAACAAAGUGGAAGGGGCCAUAAGAUCUGUUUGGGCUGCAAACAGGACACCCUUGGCAUCAGGCUCAACUAUGAAUGCCAACAUACGUCCGAGGCCUUCGUCGAUCUCUCAAUCAUCACAACCAAACCCCGAUUUCCCCAGAAAUACCGAUACAGCAAUGCGCCAAUUUCCCAAUCCAGCAUCGUAUUACGGAGAUGCCUCCGCCGAGCAAUCAACCUUCCAUCUAAACGCCGACCUAUACGCUCCGACCCCUGCCACUAGCAUCCUGUCAUAUACCAACAACCACCCGCACCAACAAUCCCUCAAUUCGGCCACCCAUGAUCUCAAUCCUUCAUCCUCAUAUUUAAGUGGAACCGCCUUCUUCGGACCCAUGGACGUAUCUCUUCCCUCACAAUCACACGGUCCAGCACACCACACCAGACACAGUUUCAGCGCUGGCAGCAACGCGACAACCUUCGACUACGACGCCAUGCUGGACGACAUAGCUGCCAUUGACCGUACCGAUAGCAUGGGCGAGUCAGAUCCGCAGUUCAUGGCCAACUUGGGUUUCGCGCCGGGCAGUAAUAUUGCGGAUGUACUCACACAUGAUUUUAUCGGCUACUCGUAACGGGGAGGAUGGCCGCACACCAAGGUAUUUUGGAGAUGUCAACGACUAAUGCAUGAGAUGUAAGCUUCACAGGUGGAACAAGCAGAGAGUAAAGCUUGAAAACUUCCACGAAGCUCCCUGUUAUUGAACGAAGUGUAAGAACAGGACCUGGUAAUUAUAUCAAGGUAUGGGCUGUAUACGGUUUCUCGAUCUUAUUCUGCUGUUGAUUAUCCGCCAGUCAUGAUUUAUAGAGGAUUGACUUGUGUUAUGACUUAUUUGAUUCACUAUCGUAUAUUUGUCAAUAGAAAAUUUCCUUGUCCUGACCCCGAGCAUUGGCGUUUCGGUCUCUGUCAAAAUCACAAA